AGUAGUUUUCCAUUUUACGUUCACAACACUCCACCAUAGGUACCCCUUGGAUACUGAAUAGUAUACAUACAUCAGGUAUCGGUCAUCUUAUUGGAAAAUCAUGAUGUCGUGGUUAAUUUUAUUCCAUAUUUACAUGGUCAUUUCUGGUUCGAUUUUUGUAUACGGAGUCGUGGUAUCAACCAAACAAGGUAUUUUAAAAGGUGGAGUAGAGAGAAGUAGAGGUGGACGGAUAUUUCAUUCUUUUUACGGUAUUCCUUACGCGGAGCCUCCAGUAGGAGAGUUACGAUUCGAGAACCCAGUUCCUGCCAAAUCAUGGACAGGAGUACGAGAUGGGACAAUUUUACCACCACCUUGUCUACGUUCUUCCAUGGGAAAAAUUUAUGGCCAAGAAGAUUGCCUCUAUUUGAACGUUUACAGACCGAAGGUAUCCAACGAAACAUUACUACCUGUGAUGGUAUUUACGUACGGGGGCCAAUUCAUGUUCCUCGAUGCCCUACCUGACAGAUACGGACCUCAUUAUUUCAUGGACAGAGACGUUAUAGUAAUCACUUUUCAUUACAGAUUAGGAAGUCUAGGCUUCCUCAGCACCGAAGACGAAAUAAUCCCCGGAAAUUACGGAUUGAAAGAUGGAGUUGCGGUUCUUCGAUGGGUGCAAAAUUACAUCGAUGAUUUUGGUGGCGAUAAAAACAGAGUGACUAUAUUUGGAGGCAGCUCCGGUGCAAUCAGCGUCUCUUUGACUUUACUUUCUCCUUUAGCAAAAGGUCUAUUCCAUCGUGUUAUAUCUCAAAGUGGACAUCCUUUCGACAUGGAACCACCCGGUAAAGCGAAACUAAACGCUUGGAAAUUCGCCUCCAUGGUUGGAUGCUCUGGAGACGAUGUGCAAACGUCAGAAGAGCUAUUAAAAUGCUUGAAAAACAUUCCAGCCAAGAAACUGACCUCUUAUAAUACCAACCUUUUUACAGGUGGAGUUCUGAUACCAGCGUUUCCCUGGGGACCUGUCAUAGAGAAUGAAAAAGUCGAAGGAGCUUUUCUAGUCGACGAACCGAGAAAACUAAUUCAACGAAGAUCGGAUAUUCCUUGGAUUAUGGGAGUAAAUUCUGACGAAGGGGGCAUGCUGGCGUUAAUGACCUAUCUUCGACCUGACGGCGCAGCCUUUUUGAGUGAAUUCGAUACAAAUUAUAAAAAGCUAUUUCCAGUCAUGUUUCGUUACGAAGAUCACGUGAAGGAUCUCGAACAGUUAGACUGUAUAACAGAAAUCUAUGUAAAUCACUAUUUCGGUGGCAAAAAUAUCAGUCAGAAUAUCCACGGAUUUUCAAAAAUGUUCACCUCAUUAAUUUACUUCACGGGCCUCAAAGAGACUGUAAACUUAUACAAGGGGCCGAAAUAUGUUUAUUAUUACAAUCAUCGAAAUAAAGAAUCAUUCGACAAAACGUACUUUGCUGAUACAGACAUUGAAAUGGGUGUUAUUCAUGGCGAUGAAAUUAUAAGCUUUUACAAUUGGUCAUCUGCGAUCACUCCAGUAACCGAAGGAGUAGACUUGGUUGUUUCCGAACAGAUGCUCGAUUUAUGGACCAAUUUUGCUGCUAAUGGUGACCCGAAUUUAGAGGAUAAAGUCAUCUGGAAUCCGGUCAAUUCGAGUGAUAUUAAUUAUUUGCACAUAAGGAAUGGUACUCUUGAGAUGAAAGAGAGGUUAUUGGAAGAAGAAUACGAGUUUCUCUACAGCGUACCUGUCGAUGGGUAUUUCUAAACGCAGGACGAAUCGAAUUAAGUUACAUUGCUGCUUUGAAAGGGUCAGAAACCAGUUCCUACGUUUACGAAAUGAAAAUGCUCAGCGUAAAAAAACAGUUUUCAAGUCGUUCCCCGCAGACGCGACGAACAGUCAUUUAUUUUUAAAAAUAAGAUUCAAAGCAUCGUUAAAAAUAAUUUGUGUUUUUGUACCCGUGAUGUUUGAAAUCGAAGUUAUUUUGUUUUUGAAAUAAUAAAAAAGACUGAUUUUAU